UCCACCUGCCAAACCCGAGUGAUUCCUUUUAACACUCCAAGAUCAUUCUUCCCCUCCUCCAGCUGUUGCAGCUUGAGGGGGAAAAACAAGCCAGCCGGUGGAUUUUCUUUAUUUUUAUUUUUCGCCCCGCCGGGGAACGGUGAAGCGCUUCUUCUGCAUGAUUUUGGCUGAAGGAUGCUCUGCAUUUCCUUGAUGUCUAUGGAGACUUCAGAGCUGGUUUUGCUUCUGCUGACACCUCAUCUAGCACCUUCUCUACCUCCCAGGGUCUUUGCCUCUAUCUAUGGUGUGGCAUUGCACCUGGGUCCAGGAAGCCUUUGAUGAAUUUAAAAGGAGAGCCUGGAGAAUCAUCCUGAUAGACUUUGAGCAGAAAUGGCUGGACAUACUUCAAACCACAUCUUAACAUGGGUGGAGCCAUCAUUAGAAGGCAAGUGCUAACAGUAAAGGCUUAUUUGCAUUUUAUUUAAAUUUAAUGGACUGAGCAUUGGCCAAUUUCCAUGGGAGAAAAAUAUAUUUCAUUUUCUAGGCAUAACUUCUGACUGUCAGACACUUGCUGCUUUUGAAUCUUGCAGCGUCAUUACUAAGCACGUCCCAGACACUUUUCCAAAUUCGAACAUCUACCCCCAAAACAUAGGUGUCUGAGAGACUCCAGCGUUUUCUGACUUCUUAGGAUUGAGAGUGCUAGGCUGUUUAUCUCGACCAGCCAAGCUCUGGAGAGCAAUGUUGAAUCCCUGAGAAGAGAGAGCAUGGGGCGUGCUGAUUUAAAAACAGAAAAUGCAAAGUUGGACUGAAAAUAUCCUUAGUCUUCCAAGCAAUCUGCUUAAGGGUUCCAAACUUACCUUAAUUUGGUGAGAAAAGAAGCUGCCCUAUUUUUCUUUCUUCUUCUUCUACAACUGGAACCAGUCAUUUCCGAAAACCACCGCCAUGGAGGUUGCAAUGGUGAGUGCGGAGAGCUCAGGAUGCAACAGUCACAUGCCUUACGGUUAUGCUGCCCAGGCCCGGGCCCGGGAGCGGGAGAGGCUUGCUCACUCCAGGGCAGCUGCGGCAGCUGCCGUUGCAGCGGCCACAGCUGCCGUCGAAGGAAGUGGGGGUUCUGGUGGGGGGUCCCACCACCACCACCAGUCACGUGGGGCCUGCACCUCCCAUGACCCUCAGAGCAGCCGGGGAAGUCGAAGGAGGAAGCGACAGCGGCCUGAGAAGAAGAAAGCCCACCACCGGCAGAGCAGCUUCCCUCAUUGCUCUGACCUGAUGCCCAGUGGCUCUGAGGAGAAGAUCCUGAGGGAGCUGAGUGAGGAGGAGGAAGAUGAGGAAGAGGAGGAGGAGGAGGAAGAAGAGGGAAGGUUUUACUAUAGUGAAGAUGACCACGGUGAUGAGUGUUCCUAUACGGACCUGCUGCCCCAGGAUGAGGGCGGUGGUGGCUACAGUUCAGUCCGCUACAGUGACUGUUGUGAACGUGUGGUGAUAAAUGUGUCAGGCCUACGCUUUGAGACUCAGAUGAAAACUCUGGCCCAGUUUCCAGAGACUUUGCUGGGAGACCCUGAAAAGAGGACUCAGUACUUUGACCCUUUGCGCAAUGAAUACUUUUUUGACAGGAACAGGCCCAGCUUUGAUGCCAUCUUAUAUUAUUACCAGUCAGGAGGCCGCCUGAAGAGGCCAGUCAACGUCCCCUUUGAUAUCUUCACUGAGGAGGUGAAGUUCUAUCAGUUGGGGGAGGAGGCCCUGUUGAAGUUUCGGGAGGAUGAGGGCUUUGUGAGAGAAGAGGAGGACAGGGCCCUCCCUGAGAAUGAAUUUAAAAAGCAGAUUUGGCUCCUCUUCGAAUAUCCAGAGAGCUCCAGUCCCGCCAGGGGCAUAGCCAUUGUGUCCGUCCUGGUCAUCUUAAUCUCUAUUGUCAUCUUUUGCCUGGAAACCUUGCCUGAGUUUAGGGACGACAGGGAUCUCGUCAUGGCACUGAGUGCUGGAGGGCAUGGUGGGUUGUUGAAUGACACCUCAGCACCCCACCUGGAGAACUCAGGGCACACGAUAUUCAAUGACCCCUUCUUCAUCGUGGAGACGGUCUGUAUUGUGUGGUUUUCCUUUGAGUUUGUGGUUCGCUGCUUUGCUUGUCCAAGCCAAGCACUGUUCUUCAAAAACAUCAUGAACAUCAUUGACAUUGUCUCCAUUUUGCCUUACUUCAUCACACUGGGCACCGACCUGGCCCAGCAACAGGGGGGUGGCAAUGGUCAGCAGCAGCAGGCCAUGUCCUUUGCCAUCCUCAGAAUCAUUCGUCUGGUCCGAGUAUUCCGGAUCUUCAAACUCUCCAGGCACUCCAAAGGCCUGCAGAUCCUGGGCCACACCCUCAGAGCCAGCAUGCGGGAACUGGGCCUUCUGAUCUUUUUCCUCUUCAUUGGGGUCAUCCUCUUUUCCAGCGCUGUGUAUUUUGCAGAGGCGGAUGAACCUACUACCCAUUUCCAAAGCAUCCCAGAUGCAUUUUGGUGGGCUGUGGUGACCAUGACAACUGUGGGCUAUGGGGACAUGAAGCCCAUCACUGUGGGGGGCAAGAUUGUGGGGUCCCUGUGUGCCAUUGCGGGUGUCUUAACCAUUGCUUUGCCAGUGCCAGUGAUUGUCUCUAACUUUAACUAUUUCUACCACAGAGAAACUGAAAAUGAGGAACAGACACAGCUGACGCAGAAUGCAGUCAGCUGCCCAUACCUCCCCUCUAAUUUGCUCAAGAAAUUUCGGAGCUCUACUUCUUCUUCCCUGGGGGACAAGUCAGAGUAUCUAGAGAUGGAAGAAGGAGUUAAGGAAUCUCUGUGUGCAAAGGAGGAGAAGUGUCAGGGAAAGGGGGAUGACAGUGAGACAGAUAAAAACAACUGUUCUAAUGCAAAGGCUGUGGAGACUGAUGUGUGAAUUGCUUUCUCCACCUGCCACUGCCCCCCCAAGCAUCUCCAAAUAUAUUUAUGCAUAGAGAGUGCAGUUAUGAAAAUGAAAUAUGCAAAUGAUCCAAUGCAUACAGUAGUACACCAUUUAAUGGUUAUACAUGGCAUAAUUGUACCUAAACUUGUAUUACAUAUCAAAUAAAUGAUAUAUCCUGGAGAAGAGGGAGGCUUAAAUAGGAGCAAAUCUAUCUUUAUAUUUUUAUUAGAAUGCAAGAGUUUUGCACAUUAACUAGAAAAGAUGUUAGUGAAAAUGGAGAGAGAGUGUGUGUGUGAGUGUGAGUGUGUGAAGUAAAUUGUUAAUGUUAGUAAUUGUGCAGUGAUGGGAAAAGUUGGCAUUUUGAAGUAUUUACUAUGUAAGAACUAAUGAAUUUGAACAGUCAUUUAUCAGUGCUUUAAUAGCAUCUCAUAUGUCUUUGGAUUCUGUAGUUGUUUUUUAAAAAUUGUAAGAAUUGCUGCGUAGAGAAAAAAGAAAGUAAAUUAUUUAAUAGAAUAUAGGUCACAAUUUUAUCUUGGAUUUAAUUAAAGUUUAUUUUUAACUGGAAAUUAACUUUUAAAAAGGCUGCAAGGGCCUCUAGAAAUUGAUUAUAUUUUGUUAUUAAUUUUGGGAAGAUUUGACAGCAAAUGUCUAACAUUAUAGAAUAAAUGACAUUGGAGAAUAUGUAAUAAGUUUUGUUUGCAGGUAACAGGACUGGAAUUUUUUUUUUUUUGCACUUCUUUAUAUGCUGGAGAUUGAGAGAGACUUCAUACUGUGAAUGUUUGCUAAUGUAACAGUUCAAUGACAAUCAUUGGAAGAAUGAUUUCUCUAGUCUUAUUUUAUUGUUUUCAUUGUGUGAGACUAAUGACCAGGCAGAUAACAUCACAUGAUUCUCUCCUCUUUUAAAAUCUAAAUAACUGAUCUACAAAGGAACUAUGAAGUAAAAUUUAGCAACUGAAUCUUUUGAAAUUGGUCUGUUACAAUGAUGCUUCUGAAAUCAUAUAUCUUAUAUGUUCUUCUGCCUUUCAACUCCAGAAAAAUUUAACCAAAGUUAAUGCAUGCACUGAAAGAAUUCUUGAAGAAAUAAGAUGCCCAGCAGCUACAGUGAUUAUGGCCUAAAAUUUUUCUAUUAAAUGUGCAAUAUAAAUGCUAGAUUUAUUAAGUUUAUUUUUUUGUGCAGUUAUAUAAGAACAGAAUUUGAGGAUUAACCUCAGAUUUUAACAUUUUAUUUGCUAAAAUGAAUAUAAGGAAGAAUUGUGUCCAACAUUUGGUUUCAACAUCACCAUCAUUAUCAACUUUAUUAAAGGAAAUUAUGACACAUAUAAUUGCAUUUAACUCACCACAAAUUGUUCUAGAAUGUGAGAUAGCAACUAGCGAUCAGCCUUGCACUAUUAAAUCAUAAUGAGGUAUAGUUUAGAAAACUGGGGAUGCAUACAAGGCCUUAUUCCACAAUGCUUCUUUAAGUUUUAAUCUUUGUAAAAUAGUUGUCUUGAAUUCUGGGCAGGGGACAAAACAAACAACACUGCAUACACUUUUCAGCACAUAGCGAACUCUGGUAACUGUGAGCUAAAAACAAGCAAACAAACAAAAUGACCUAGAAUGGCCUUUCUCAAGCUUUCUAAAAUCCAGGCCAUCAUUUCAUAAUUACAUAAAUCCUACCUCUCUUUUAAUGGUAUUUGAAAUUCAAAGUAAAUUCAACGUUAGGGUUCAAAGUAAAGCUGCGCCCCCUCUCCACCCCUUCCCCAUCAUUUGUAGAGAAACUCUUUUCUAGAAACCUUUUAGAUAAUGAAAAAGCAAGCAGGACCUUUGAUUGAGUGUGAAGACCAAAGAUCAAUAGAAGACAAUAGAGAAUGAUAAAACAACAAAAUACCAUCUUACAAUAAGACUUCAAAGAUAACGUUUUAAUGCGUUUUAGAUUUGGGGCAAAAAAUGUAAUAAGCCUUCGGCUGGGGGUAAGGUUAUUUGGACUGGUUAUAAUUAAUUUGAAAAAGUUACUUAACAUCUCUGGACCAAAAUUUCCUGAAUGGUAAAAAAGAGGGCAAAUGAAGCAUGUUACAUGACAGAGUUAGGCAAAACAAAUGAGAACAUAGAAAAACUCUGAAAUGUUCAGUUCUGUACAAAAUGCCUGAUCCUAUGUCCAAAUGGUUUAAUCUUCCUCUGGGAGAAAAGGGGAUUUAGAACCCAUAAGCAUACGUCUACUUCGUUAGGAUAUUGUAAAAAUUAUGGGCAAUUGCUUAAACUUUGGAGUCCUUACAAGAAGUAGAUAUGUAGACACAAGACAGUCUAUUGCUGAUAGAUUCAGGCAUGUCAUAGUAUAGAAAGUUGACUCUGUGAACAGACCAUGUGUCUUACAAUAUAACCAACUAGGUCAGAUUUUAUCUUAAAAUAAUUUAAGGGCUGUCUAGUAGAAAGGAUAUUUAUUGAACUUUCUAUAAUAGCAAUGACAAUGAUUUGGCUAUGUUUGGAAGGGAAAUGUACUGUAUUUCGUUGUUUCUAUAAUAUCUCCUUUUUAAAUCUAAAAGUUAUAUUAAUUUGAUUGACAAAACACAUUUUAUUGAUAAUUCUGAGAAUCCAGGAAAUAUAGUCAUUUGGGGAUUACCUUUAUUUCACAUGGCUUUUUUUUUUUUUUAGGGUGAAAAGUUCAAGAAGUGAUAGUCAUGAGCUUUCAAACCAAAUAUUAUUAGGUUACCAUACUAAACUCAUGUUUUCUUUCUCCCGGCAAGAUGCAUUUAUUUUAGAGUAUCUGGAUCUUGAUCCCACACUGAGAAGAAAACUUUUAAGCUCUCAAGAUUUACAUGGGGGUAUUUCUGUAUGGAACACUUCUCUUACAAGAGAAUUCAUGAAAUCAGGACAUCCAGUACAGCUGUGGAUUCAUAACAUUUUUCCUAGUUGAAACUAGUCAAAGUACUUUAGAACCAUUUGUAAAAAUUUAUACUGACAAAUAUGCUUUCCGGACCUAUUUGUAACUAAUUUAGGUAACUGUAUCUUAGACACCACUAUACACAUUUGGUUGUAAAUUAAAAAGGAACUGACCUUCUUUAGAGAUCCAAUUCUUGGGAUCUGGGAUCCUUUUAUUGCUUUUCAGAUGAUAAUAGCUGUUACCAAAAGCACCACUAUCUGAGGGUCAUCCUAAUCAGAGUUUUUUCAAGGGUGGAUGCAUUGUUCUGUCUUGCAAAUGCUUGCAGAGGAAACAGUUAUGCACAACAGUUAUGGAGAAGAAAGGAGGAAUAAAUAGUACUUUUGAUUUCCGUGAAAGGGAGCCAGUGGGUGCUAGAGGAAUGACAGCUGGUCUAGGGAGUCAAGAGAGCUGGCUUGUUAAUCGUGGGCAAAUCGUUUCAUCUCCUUGAUCCUCAGGACUUUUUCUCUCUCUCUCUCUUUCUCUCUCUCUCUCUCUCUCUCUCUCUCUCUCUCUCUCUCUCUCUCUCUCUCUCUCUCUCUGUCUCUCUCUCUCUCUCUCUCUCUCUCUCUCUCUCUCUCUCUCUCUCUCUCUCUCUCUGUGUGUGUGUGUGUGUGUGUGUGUGUGUGUGUGUCUAAAACUGGGCCAUUGAGCUACAUUAUUACUUCGUUCCUUUUAGUACCACAAUUCUACUGUGGAGUAAAGGAAACGUCAGACUAGCUUGAUAUUUCCUAAGUACUAUUCAAGUCAUAUCAGCUUUAAUUUCUAGUAAGGAAUAUGGGCAAAAAUAAAUAAAUAAAAAUAAAAAUCUCACUGUUAGGUUAACCACAGAACAGGUGUUUGAGUUUUUUAGAAUGUAGACUAAGCUGAAUGAAUAGGACAUAUUUUGAAGCAGUUAUCCUAACAACUUCUAAAGGGAAGGGAUUCAUUUAAUGAAAAGCAACUCUUCCGUCCUCAGUUGAAUAUAUAUGGUGAAAAUUGGUGAGUAAACAUUUUGAUGUCUUGCUUUCUUAUCAUAGGGUCUUGUCAGUAAACAGUAUUUUGACCUGUGCUGGGGAACUCAUUUUAUGCUUAGACAUUUGUAGUGUUUCACAAGUGCUACUACAUGCUUUGUCAAGUUUGUUUGAAACAGGAUCACCAAAGCUUCCUGAAAUUUUUUUCAUUAAGCAUGUGUUGAAAUAGAACCCAACAUAUGAAUAAAAAAAUACGUAAAGAAAAUACUCUGAACUAAGAUACAUAUUUUCCCAUUUAAAAAAGUCAUUAUUAACCAAUGGCAAAUUAUUUUUAAUAACACUGGAAUCACAAACAGCAGCCCCGUACCUCCCAACACAAUCAGAAACAGUGUUCUUUGUUGCUUUUAAUUUUCAGGGUUUGGAUGAGCUUUUAGUACUAACAUUACAUAUGUUAGGGAAAGUGAGAAAUAUACCUAUAUUCAGUUCACAUUUUUAAAAAUGAACCUGUGGUGAUGUGCUCAUGCGCACGUAACAGCAUAAUAUCCCUCUUUCUGUGUAUGUGUAUAUUUUAUUGAUACAGUUUAAAAUGAUUACAGGGUGUCAUUCAGUGACAAAAGGGCCUGUUCCAGGAAACUUCCUUGAUCCAAAAGUCAUUCUGAAUUCUUCAAGGGACAUUUGAUGUGGACAAAGGUACCUUUUGGUUUUCCUUCCUGUAAAGAAAGUUGACUCUAGGCACAGUAUCUUCCAGACCAGUGUAGCCACUGCAGGUUAGCAGACAGUUCUACUUUCUAGUAUGAAAAUCAGUAUUCCUAUUUGAGAAGAAGAUCGUUGGAGUGAUUGUGUUUGCUAUUGAAGGAAGCAGGGCUAUUUUUUUUGUAAUAAUUGGGAAUAUGUACUUCUGAAAAGUAAAUUAAGAUUAGGACUGUGAUAUGAGUUUUAUUUCUGGCUUGGUUUUGUUUCCAUAGCAGUCCCAAUUUCUCACAGUAUCUUCUUCAUGAAAGUAUGCUAAUACACAUCAGACCAUAUGGCCCCAUUUGAGGUUUAGAAAAUAUGGUCACCUUAUUUAUGGAUAAAUAAAUUAAUCCCAGGGCAUAAGUUGGUUGCUUAAAAAUAUGGCACAUAUUUAAUGAGCAGCAGCUCUAAGUGAGAUUCAAGCAUUGCCCUUUCAGGCCUGUGGGACAGGAAGAGAUGUAUAAGGCAAAUCAUGUGCUCAAUAUAAAUUCUCCCUGUCAUCUUGAAAAGCAUAUUCCCUGAUUCACUGGAGGUAGUGUAGCUGACUUAAGGUUCAGCCUGUUGGUCCGUUUGUUGUCAUUGGUGUCUUGGAAGGAAGCUUUUCAUCCAGGUGUCAGGAGCUAAAAUGAUGUUGGUAGUUGAUACACAAAUAGUCCAUUCUUGCUUCCUACCUGCAAACAGUCUGUUUUGUGGGUUAUCCGUAGUUGGUUUUUCGCCCGAGGCUGUCUUUACUCAGACUCAGAAGCCUAUUGUCUUCUGUUAAAUAGCAAGUCCAGGAAAGGUAAAAUUAUAAAAAGAUAAGACAAUCCAGUACAAAGAAACAGCAAAUCACUAGAACUAGAAAGCCAAGCAAAACCUAAGUGGGAAGCCAAAUCUGUUGUUCAAACCGUUACAUAAGCUAGAAUUAAUUAUGCAGAAUCUGGGUGUAAAUUGGUCCUGCCUCAUCACUAUAGCAGAGAUAACCAAGAGGUGGCUAUUGUGAUGGAGGACAUCAAGCAGAAAUAACCUGCCCCGUGAAUAUAUAGUUUAACAUUUUCUGUGAAAACGAUAGAAAUGCCAACCCACCUUAGCAGUUUUAAUAAUAACUAUUAGGAAUGACUAAUAAAUAUGGAAGACAUGCUGGUUUCUUUUCACAGUAAUUAGUACUAUGUGGGAAUGUACUUAGAUUGUUUCGCACGAUUCUGUAGACGAAGGGCUAUUUCAAAGUCAAGGAGAAUGAAGGCAUUUUUAUCCACAGCUACUUAAGCUAUUGGCUGUUACCUCUUAAAUCAGUCAAAGCAGUUACAUACAUAGUCUCUGUGGAUAUCAACAAAAGCUGUGCCAGGGCUAAGUCUAAGAAUUAUAUUUGUUUUAAAAUAGUUAUUUGUGAAUAUAUAAUAUAUCCAUAUGUUCACAUAUAUUAUGUAUUUUACUUUCUGCCUUUAUUCUGGCAACAAAUAUUAGCAAAAUAAAUGAUCUGAGGUAUUGAAAGAGUCUUCUUGAAGUGAAGUAAAAGUGUAUAAUUCCCACUAGUAGCCAAAUGUAUGUGUUUGGAGAAAUGGUGAGGCUGGUGGACUAAAAAAACCUUUCUUUACACAUUAGGUUGGAUUUUUGUGCUUAUAACCACAAUAGUACUAGUCCUCAGCUCUGAGACUUGCAUAAGGGCAUAUGGAGUUUCAUUCCCAGAAGGAAGGGUUAAUUUUUAUGCUGUACGGAACAUUGAAAAUUGUUGAUUUUAAUUUUUUAAUGCACAUUAUUCUCAUUAUAUAAAGGAUGCACAUUAGCAUGGAAACUAGACUAUAGGACCUGAAAAACUAUGUGCCUAUGUGCUCUCCAGAAAUAGAAUUACCAGAAGCCAUUAUCUUUCUGUAUUUUUUUUGUAGCAUUUGUUUAAUGUGAAUUGCCUAAUUCUCUCAGGUUCAAUUACAGCAUUAAAUGUUUCAGGUUAUUGUUGUUUUUAGAGAAUAUUCCAUAUCUUUCUUAGGCUCUGAGGGCACACAAACAACCAUUCAGUAGUUGGAAAAUACCGUAUCUCUUGGAGAUCAAGGCAAUAUUACCUGAACUCUCUCCACGACAGCAGCCACAUUAGUUAACAUGGAGGAUGUGUGUUUUUCUAUUUAUAAACUUAACACACUUGUACCUGAAUAGAAUGAUGAUUUCCCUGAAGAACACUAAUGGUGUUGAUAGCACCUGAGUGCACCUUUUUUCUUUCUGUCAAUUGGUAGGGAUCAUGAUCCAAAUGAGGCUUUCAUUUGCUCUCAGGCAGAGUAGGAAAUAAUUAAUGAAGCUCCCACUGGACUGAAAUCUGUCAAGAGGUGAUGGAAUCUCUAGGGAAUGCAUUAGGAUUUUUAUUUAUUUACUUGCCCUUCCUAGUUGGUGUCAUUUUUGCAUGAUUAUUGGGGAAAGAUUAAUUUUAUGAUGAUUUACCUAAUGUUAAAAUAACUUUUGAUAAAAAACAAUUAGAAAUUAUAAGCAUUGCAGUAUCUUAUUAGCUUCAGGAAUGUCUCCAGUUAAAUAUUUUAAGAAAUUAAUAUGAGAUUUGGAGAUUGCAAUAGUUAUUUGGAGAGAGAUAUAUCCAAAGAAUAAUGAUUUAGUUAUUCGUAUUUCUUAAGAAACCUGAGUUUUAUAAGCUUCACAAGAGAUAUUCAAAAAGUCUCUCAACUUCCAAAAAUUUUGCUGUAACCCUGUCAGAUUUCAGAAAGAAAUGCAAGAAUUCCUCUUAAGAGGAAAAUGGUACCUUUUUUUUCUUUGUGUGUGUAUGUCUUUUUCACAUUCUUGAUUAAAUUGGUGGAUUUUAUAUGAUCAUGUUCUAGCAAAUUGAGUGAAAAUCUUGGCUACACAUUGAUUAGAGGAUGACAAGAUUGUCUGAUAGUCUUCCUUCGCAACAUUUGCUGUUGAUCAGUUUAGAAGCUGAUUUCAGUAUAUGUAAAUUACAACACAAGGAAAUGGCUAUGUACUGUAUUAGAAUCUAAAUGACAAAGCAAAAAUAUUAGGAAUAGGAUUUCCUUUUGGGUUCCUAGAAGUGUUCUUAGAGCUUUUGAACCAUGUCCUCCGAAUCUGAUGUAGACAAUGAGAAUUUAGCAAACUCAUUUUUUUUCCCUAGAGUAGCAACAAGAUAUAAGCAGGAUCAGUGCCAACUGGGAGAUAGGGACAGGAGCAGGGGGGUGGGCAAGGGACAAGGAGUAUAUGCCUAAAUGGAGUCACUAAUAUGAUGGUGAAAAUAGUUAGGUCAGUCUAAAAACUGCUUCAUUUUGUCACACUAUUAAUUUUUAUUAACACAGAGAAUCCAGGAAAGUGAAUUGAUCUCUAAGAGUAGGCAUAUAUGUGUGCAUGUCCAAAUAUUCCCUUUGCUCUUCGUCUUUGAGGACACUCACAUAGGAAACCAUAAAACUAUUGCUGGAAAUUAAAACUAUAUGUCUUAUUAAGAAUAAAAUUCACCUUUCCCUUCAGAGUAAGGGACUUAUGUCUUUAGGAGAUUACCACUUGGACAUUUAUAUUUCAAAGGGAGAGAAUCUCCCCCUUAUCCUAAUGUAGAAUGUCAGCCUGGCAAUGCAUUCAAGCUAAGACAUGAGUAAGCAACCAGUAGAAGCCCUGGGAAUGAAUGUCACUAACACAGAGCUGAAUAAUGUGUUUAUGUUGGUUAUUGCUGGUGUGCAAUUCUUAGAGGAAUGGAGAAAUCAUAAAAUUUGUGCAACCUAAUUAGAACUCUGCCAUCAUAUGCUCCUUGCUGAUUUAGCUGCUGCUGCUGCUGCUGCUACUGCUGCUGCUUCUCCUCCACACAGAAAAGAGGUGUCAUUUCACUACUAGAAGCUACAUACUUCACAGGUUUCAAGGCAGUGUGAGAAACAGUGGAGGGAGAAAGGGUUAGAUUAGAUAGAUGAGGAUGAAGCAACAUACAGUAUUUUAAGGUGUGAAUCAUCCUGUGACACCAGACUAUUUUUACUCACUCAAGGGACUAAGCAGAAUCUUUGGAUGGGAGAACCUCUGUUCAGGAAUUACCAUUUCCUUUUUGUAUGUCUGUAGUAUCACUAUUAGAGAUCAGUCUAGUCUAGCAAGGGGAUAAAUUCUUCCGUCAUUGCUAAAACAAGCUGAAAAUUACAUGCUGGAAAGUUUUUUUUCCCUCAUUUCAGUUAAGAAAAAAUUGUAGUUGUUUUAUAAGCUUUGCAAGAGAGAUUCAGAAAGUCUCUCAACUUUCAAAGAUUUUGCUGCAACCCUGUCAGAUUUCAGAAAGAAAUUCAAGGUAGGUGAGCCUAAUAGAACUUCAGACCAAAUAUAAACUUGUUCAAAGCAAAGUAUCCAGGGACCUCCUUCUAAUAUCUUCUCCCAUGCCAGGUUAGCUUUUUUUGUUUGGUUGGUGUGGUUUUUCCACUUUCCCUCCAAUCCAUCUCAUCCCAUUCACCUUUGUGCCAACAAAAGCCCAGAUCAGCAAGGCUUUUGCGGUCCCUGUUUGCAGAUUUCUCAGGGAGAGUUUUUUAUGUGUGAUUCAGGUAGACGUCUUCCCAUUUUAUAAAUCAGGUCAUGCCAGUGCAUAUCCAGAAAGCUUCUACAACCACCUGCAAUGUGGGUCUGUUGUGUUCUGUUGUUAUGUUAGCUAUUUUCUGCCUAUUACUGAACAGCUGGGAUUUUAGAAACAGCUGGAUGAUUAGUUGUGUUUUUUCCAUUUUUCACCCAGAUGCUUUAUUACUGUGUAGAAACAACCCCAAUGUGGAACAACCUGGGAGUAUACAGCAAAAAUCUGCUCUGAUGCAACUGUAGUUAUUAGGAAUUGAAUCAAGAAAAUUACAGGCAAACAGUUUUGACUAUUGCCUGCUUUACAAACAUGUUUGAUACAGCGUUCUCAUUUCUAUUUCUAGGCAGAAUGGUUUGAUUUAGCAACUUUAAAUGCCUCUCCCAUUGUUCCUUAGGCUAUCAAAGCUAUGCUUUGGCUGUUACAUUUGUUUGCUGAAAGGGAAAUGUCUGCACGCAAUGAGGCAUCACCUGAGUUUUCCAUUCACUGCUGGCAAAAGGAGCUGACAGAGGCAGGCAAGCGACAGUCCUCUCACUCGCCACAGUCUAUUUUUAGGUUGGUUCCUUUGUGGCUGACUUCAGUUCUGACGGGAUGUAUUGACAUUCAAAGACAAUGAAAUAUUUUAUUAUAAUGAUUUAUGGAUUUAUUAAACUGGAUGUUGUGAAAGUGACAAAUUUAAUUCAGGUGCUGUUAGUUGGUUCCUUACCCAGCGCUAAAAUUAGAAUAAAAAGGAUGCGUAGACGUCUUUUCCUUUCUAAUUAUUCUUUCAACAGAUGUUUGUUAAGCUUAUACUAGGUGGCUGGGCUGUGUAAUGUACCCAAUCUCUAGAUCUACUAAAAUUUCAGAGAAUCACAGUUUAUCUAAGGAUUUUUUUUGAGAUAUAUAUUCAUUGUUUCUAAAUAACAGGAUUCUUGUUUAUUAUUAUGAUUUCUUUUUGCCCCUUUAGAAUCUAUAUGUAUGGCUAGGUCUAGUUUCUUUUUGGGGAGGCAUCAUGCUUUCAUAAUACUUCCUUUUUAUAAGUUCUGUCUUGUUUCUGUUACGUGCUUUGUUUUCGGUAAUAGCUUCUCUAUGAACUGCAGAGUAAGUGGGCCUAAAUCCAAUUUGCCAAUUUUUUUAUGAUUCUUGCAUGAGCAAGAACUAUACUCAAGUAGAGGUGAUUAUACGAACUGUAUUUACUCCUUUUAAUUCAUAGAAUGUAUUUCUUCCAUUCAAUAACAUAUAAUUAAACUAUAACUCAAAGAAAGAAGCAGAUUUAACUGAAAUAUUAAACAUUUGUAACGCAAUAAAGUCUUUUUUUAAUUUCAGAGUAAUUUUCUAUGACCAUGGUUUUCUUUGCACACAAAACUAUUUUUUUUUUUUUAAAUAACCAUCUGUAUCUUUCUAUUUAGGAAAGAUAUGAGUGCCAUUGAUGGUUCAUUUACAAAUUCUGGCUUGAAUAAAAACUUGAGUUUAUUUCUUGGAUGCAUGUGGAAAGGGUUGUUCUUGUUGUUGAUAUUCCUACUACCUAGGCAAACCAAAUGGAAUUGCAUUAAUUACAUGGCUAAGCCAGGACAGUUGAGACCAACUUUAGGGAUUUUUAUGAGGUGCCUUCCAUCUGCAUUGAUUGAUUUCAAGAGAUGUUUGCUCAGGUUUCCAUUUGCUUUCAAGAUAAUGUCUGAUACAUUAAGUUAAAGUUAAGGCUUUACUAUUUGAAAUGCAGUUGUAAUAACAUUUUUAGCUCUCUCCAACUAACUUUAAUUUUUUAAGAACUUGAACUUCUAUAAAAUGUAUUUUUAAACUACCUUGUUUGUUUUCUGAGUGUUUCAGGACUUACUUUAGAGUCCCUGACUUUUAGUCUUCAUUCAAGCCAAACAACCAUUAUCUUUAAUUGAAGCUGCUUCUACUGGAAGCCAAACAAUUGGUGGAGUCACUGAAGAAAAGAAAAAAAAUGCCAAGAUGAUUAUCUGGCAUUGUGAAGCCGUUGAUUCAAUUCUGCUUCAUUAAAGCCAUUAGAAGCAAACAGAUCCUGGAUUAUCUUUAAAUUUAGGCAUUUUUCAAUUGCUAUCUAUUCUGUCAAGGAAAUACCUUUAAUUGUAAAACUAUUAUCUUGUGGGAUAUAUAUAUAGAUUUUACUUUGGCAAACUGCAGCUAUUUCUUGUGCUUUAGAAAUAUGACAAUCUGUAUAUUAAAAAUUCAAAUGAAACCAUGAUUUUUCUAUCUUAAAAUGAAGGCAUUUUUUUUCCACAAUUUUUCACGAAGUGUAUUUGCAAACCUGAAAAUAUAUAUUAGCCUGAAUAGCUGACACACAGGUAAUAUUUGAAGAUUUUUACACAAAUAACUGAGUUGCUUAUUAUUACUGUAUGAAGAAGGAAAUGACUUACAAGUUUUUUACACACUGGAAAGUGAAAAUGGAAGGCCAUAUAUUAACAUUUUCUGAUAGCGACCAAAGGCCAUAUAUUUAUUUACAUUUUCUGAAAGAGACCAAAGGCCGUAUAUUCAUUUACAUUUUCUAAUAAAUACCAAAAUGUUCUGUGUGAUUCAUUCAGAAGUUCUUUAGUGGAAGUCAAAUGCAUUUGAAAUAUGUCAGUCAAAGGGUACAAAGGCUUAUAUAGGGGGAACGAGUUUGACGUUUUUUGAGAUUAAUUGCACAGCAUGGUGAAUAUAGCUAAUAUUUUAGUACUGUACAUUUCAGUAAUGUUAAGAGAACAAAUUUCAAAUGUUCUUCUCACAGAAAUGUUAAAUAUUUUAGGUAGUGAACAGGUUAAUUAACUUGAUUUAAUCAUUGUACAUUGUAUUAAAAAAUCCUAAUACUACUUUGUAUUCUAUGAAGUUAUAGAACUAUAAUUUGUGAAUAUAUAAUAAAAAAUUAUAACUUUCUACGUCUAACUAGAAAUAUAAUUUAGAAAUGUGAUGUUACAUUGUGCAGAUUACAUUUCUGAUAUUUAAAAUACAUUUAUAUUAUGUAAUAUUACCCUAUUUAAGGCCUGUUUUUUUUUUUUUUUUUUUUUUUUUAGCAUACUAAAUAGCCUAACAGGCUAUGUGUGAAUGUUGUCAAAAUAAUUUGACAGUUUGAAAGUCUAUAUCCCUAGAUGAUAGAUGAUCAGUUAUGUUUUCAGAAGAAAAUGCUUUUUUAUGUACCUGUUUGAAUAAUAAAAGUUAAUUAUCUUUAACCUUGAUUUUAGAUCUUAAUCUUAUAAUUUGGCUUUAGGUUUCUCUUUUUCUAUAGUCAAAUAAAUGGUUUUCAUGGCACUAAAUAAUUAUUAAUUACUUCUAUUAGAAGUACGGAAAUUUACAUUAAAAAUAGGACGAACUAAUAAUUCGUACAGAUUGACCCCGAGAUAUUAACACAUAAGACAGAAUUCCUCUUUUUACUGGCUAUUUAAAGCAAUUUCUCAGUAAUCAUUUUUUGUCGUUGUUUCUUAAAAAUUUCUAACACAUUAUUUCACUAUUUAUUCAGCCUGGUCAUACUUUUUAUCAAAACCUGACUGCUUGCUGUGGAGACAUAAACCUGUUGCUUUUCAUAGAAUAGUAUUAAAAGUAUUUUAUAGUAAAACUUUUACCAGAAAGAUAGUUCCAUGGCAAGUAUUCGAGGACAGUAUUAGAGACAACCCCAAGGUAUUUAAUAGAAAGUACAGACAGUCACCUUAAGUGAUUUAAUUUCAUAAAAAAGUCUAGGUUCUUAGCAAGUUGAAUGAUGCCAUAGCUCAGAUAUUUUAAAUCAUGCUAGUUGCUGGCUGUUAAUUAGUAGCAUAUGGUCAAAUAAAAAUUUGGGGAUGAAGUAUAUUAAUACAGAGGGUUUGCUGUGAAAUAUAUAUAUAUAUAUAUAUAUAUAUUUUUUUUUUUUUUUUUUUUUUUUUGAGACGGAGUUUCACUCUUGUUACCCAGGCUGGAGUGCAAUGGCCUGAUCUCGGCUCACCGCAACCUUUGCCUCCUGGGUUCAGGCAAUUCUCCUGCCUCAGCCUCCUGAGUAGCUGGGAUUACAGGCACGCACCACCAUGUCCAGCUAAUUUUUUGUAUUUUUAGUAGAGACGGGGUUUCACCAUGUUGACCAGCAUGGUCUCGAUCUCUUGACCUCGUGAUCCACCCGCCUCGGCCUCCCAAAGUGCUGGGAUUACAGGCUUGAGCCACUGCGCCCGGCCAAAAUAUUUUUAAGUUUUGCUAUUCAUCCAAGGAAAUCCUAAUGCUAGGCGAUUCUUGCUUUUCUAACUAACAGAUAAGAAGUGUAAAAUGUUCAAAGCUGUAUUAAUCAUGAAUAAGUAAAAUUUGCCUUUUCUGUAUUUCUGCUAGAGAUUGUACCACAAACCUAUUAUUAUUUUUAUCGUUAGCCUGCAAAUAUCAGCACAUUUUAAUAAUUUGUUAAUUUUCAGGAAGCCUAGGAGGUAAAUGCAGCUAGCUAAGAGUUAGCUGGUGGGCACGCAUGGUCGUACAAGUUUCCCACUGUCCAUCGCUACUAGUAUCAUGAACAUAAUUGUGCUUAAAGCGUUUGUCAUAUUUCUGUUAUUUCUCAGAUUCUCAGAGAAGAAAGGUAUAUAAAAAUUUAUUUAUUUUUCCUGUUCUGUUGUUGAAAUGGAGAUCAUGUAGCAAUGGAGUGUCUGGAAGAAGCAGCUGUUAGUUUUUGUAGUCUUGGCCAUGUAUGUUGUUUGUACAAUUCAAGACAUUCUUUGGUGGAUAAAGUGCUUACUGAAUGCUUCUUAUCUCUGUGAAGUGUUUUAAAAGAGACUUAUAAUCUCAGUUUCUACAACAAAUGAGUAAACAAAGAAAUUAGAACAUUUUAACUAGCUAAAUGAGAAAGUUAUGAUUAAUGCUUCUAUUUUUGAAGCCUCAUCAGUUGUGUUUGUGGCUGAGUUUUGUGCACUGGCACAGCAGUUGUAGUAGUUAAAUGUUGAAAUGCAUUCAUAUUGGUUAGUAUUCAGCUGAUGCUAUGGAGCCCACCAAAUGUCAAUUUGGGCUAUGUUCAGCUGGGUGGUUCUUCUGAUAUAACCAGAGUUCCUGCAUAUAGCCACAGUCAGCUGGGAGGUCUACCCCUGGCUGAUUCUGCCCAAGAUGGAUUCAAACACAUGCCUGGAAAUUGAUGAAGUGACCAAACCAUGUAUCUCCAGCAUCCAACAGGAUAGCUUGGGCUGCUUCACAGGGCAGCUGGGUUCCAAAGGCAGCAAGAGAAGGUAAACAUGAUGCAAGCACUUUUCAAGCCCCUGUGUACAUCCGGUUUGUUAAUGUUCCACUAGCCAAACAAGUUACAGUGCAAAUUGCAGAUUCAUGGAGUGGAGAACUAGAUUUCAUUUUCUGAUGAGAGAAGUUGUGAAACAUUUGUAGCCAUUUUUCUUCAGCUUACAACUUGUGACCAUAUUUCUUCUCAUGAAGAAUCUAACCCAGAACAAAUAUUUUAAAGAGAGCCUUAUGUGGGGAAAGUAUACAUGGGAAAAAGAUGAAAUAUGUAAUUUAGUCUGCUUUGCAAACUUUCUUCUGUUCUGAUAAAUUUUGGGGCAUUUAUAGACGCUAUAUUAUAUGUGUUUAUGAAGGUAUUCUUUUAUAAAAUGCAUUUUAAAAUCAUUUCUCUCCAUUGGGUUUUUCUUUUUAAAUUUCUUUCCUUCCUGGACAAAUGAUAAGUUUUAAGACAUAGAGGAUUCACAGUUUCUUUUGGUGUACUUUCCUAGUCUGGGGCCUGCACAUUAUUGUUAUUGGCUAAACUAUAUGCUCCAUUGGCUAGACGUAGAGGAGAAUUAUACUUUAAGCAUGGUUCUCUCAUUUUGUUAUAUUUGUUUGUGAUUCUUCAUACUUUUGAGUAGUUGUUUAAGAGAAUUAUUUGAAAAACAUGAAUCUUUGCAUUCAUACAUCUCUACUACCUCUUUGGGCCUUGAAUUUUGAAUCAAUAGCAUUGCUUUCUCUGGUGAAUUUAAAGCUUCUCUUGCAUCAAAUUUUAUUAGGAAGUGUAUAUCCAACUUGGGAUAUGUGUGGAGCACAGGAAUUUCAUCACCCAGUAGACUGGUUCUAGUGUGCUACCUAUGAAACAUCUAAUAAUGCCGUAUCACACCCUACAAGCCAUUUGAUAUCCGUUAACUGCAGUAUCAAUCUUACAACACAUUUUUUGGUGAUUCCAGAGCUUUCAUAUUGGCUAAUUGCUGACAUCAAUUGUACUUGGUAAUUCUCUUGCCAUGUUCGUUAUAGACGUGUUGUACUUAUAGGACAAAAAGGCUGGUAUUUUUUCUAAUGUACCUGUGAGGAAAUGACUUGAGAAUUACUAUGUUCUUUCUCUUCCCCAUGGUAUAAACUACUUUUUCCAAAUGCAUUUGACAGUAUUAUAUAUUAGCAACUUAUUUAAGUAAUUUUUUAGGAGCUCUGGAAAAUAACUGGUGGAUCAGAAAGAUCCAUUCAUUUUGAAAACUUAUUAUUAUCUAGUCACAUAAUAAUAGCUGCUGAGUUAUCUCCUUUGCUGUGGUUGUAUAAACACAUACCUGAUUGUAUCUUGUUCCCUAUGGUUCAAAAUUCUAAAUUCGUUGUUCCUAUUCAUAAAAGUUUUCACAUGCUGCUUUUGCUAUGUUUAAAUUCAUACAUGAAAAUUGCCAAUUGAUUUCCAAGUAGCUAUUAGGUGGCAAAGUCAGUGCACUGGGUAGUGUCAGGGUUAUUUAAUAACCAAAGGCAAUCCUUUUCUGUGUAAACUUUCACCAGUUAAAUUCCUCACAGAGCCACCUCUCUGUACAUACAAUGUAGCAGAAUUCUGUUAGUGUUCUCUGGAUGUAUAUAAAGUUUGAAAAAUAGAAUAAGUAUGUUUUCAAAAUACGUGUUUACUAGAUAAUACACAUACUGAUUGCUGGGAAUGAGUGGCUUCAUUUAAUGUUCCAUUUUCAGGGAAUCCUAGGGGAAGGUUAACAAAAAGUUUAAGUUUUUAUUUAAUGAGAGAAGAGAAUAGUAGCCAAAAGUUACUUCAUAAAUUUUACUUCUGUUUUCUUCUUGAACAUUUGUUUAGCUUUUCACAAAGAAACACCUGGCAUACUUACAGACCAUUUAUUUUAUGCUCUUUGCCCAAUGAUGUGGUAGCUAAUAAUAGUCAGAGAAAAAAAUUCCAGGAAAGAGGAGUGAUGGGGAUGAUAAUUGAAGGACCUAGAAGAUUUUGCAAUAUGAAAUAUCUGUCAAAAACAAUUGGCCAGACUUAGACUUUCCCUUUUGUGUCCUUUACCCUAUUGAUGCCACCUUCAGUUUUAUCUCUUCAUAUCACUGUAAAAUGUGAAUAAUCACAUUCUAAAAGUAAAAGGGGAGCAAGAAAUUGUUUUCUUGGACCACUUACUGCUUAUAGUACACUCAUCUACACCGAUCAUCCUGUUUAUGAGGUCUUCUGUGCCUUGUUCUCCUUCCUUCUGAUGGUAGGGAUCAGUGAUAUUUGAUUCUCCCAUUUCCCCAGUGGGUGUGAAGUAGCAGAAAUGAUAGUUGAAGCUCUAGAAAGUGAGGCCCCACCAUGCAAAUUCACCCUAUUAAUUCUGUUAUGGUUAUGUUUCUUUUCUUUUUUGAGACAGAGUUUCGCUCUUGUUACCCAGGCUGGAGUGCAAUGGCCUGAUCUCGGCUCACCGCAACCUCCGCCUCCUGGGUUCAGGCAAUUCUCCUGCCUCAGCCUCCUGAGUAGCUGGGAUUACAGGCACGCGCCACCAUGCCCAGCUAAUUUUUGUGUUUUUGGUAGAGACUGGGUUUCACCAUGUUGACCAGGAUGGUCUCGAUCUCUUGACCUCGUGAUCCACCCGCCUCGGCCUCCCAAAGUGCUGGGAUUACAAGCGUGAGCCACCACGAUGUUUACGUUUCUUAAAUAGCCUACUAAUUUUUCUUGGAAAAUAUGUCAAGAUGAGAUCCAAACCAUAUUGUUUAAUUAUUUCUUCUUUUAAAAUUAUCCUUAUUGAAGUAUAAAUUAUAUACAAUAAACAAUAUCCAUUUAAAGUGUUCAAUUCAAUGAUUUUUGACAAGUGUAUACACCCAUGAACUUACCAUUACAAUCAACAUUCAGAAUUCUGUCAUAUAAAAGUUUUCUUCUCAGUCUAUUCCUCCAUCAGAUCCCUGACUCUAGCAAUUAAUGAAAUCUUUAUUUUGUCACCUUAAAAUAGUUUGCAAUUUCUACAAUUAUGUAUGAAUAGAUACAGGUACUAUAGACUUUUUUGUUCCUUGGUACUGGGCAUAAUGUUUCUGACCCAUCCAUGUAGUUGUGUGUGUCAGGAGUUGGUUUCCUUUCAUUGCUGAGUACCAUUUCAUUGCAUAGAUAACCACAUUUUGUUUAUCCAUUUACCUUUUGGUGGACAUUUAGUCCAUUCUGUUUUCAUAUUUUUUUCACCAAAUCUUCCUCUAUCAUACCAUGUGCUAAUUGUUUUAUGUCCUUAAGCCUAGAUUUUAUUUAUAUUUUGUUAUUUACUGUACUACAUGGAAAUAUAGUUUCACUAUACACUACCAGAGAACCAAUAUAUUAUUAAGUUUAUAUAAGACAUGUAUAUCUAAGUGGAGUUAUUUAUGAUUUAAAAAAUGAGUUCUCGAUUUUUUGUCCCAGAGAAAAUAGAUUCUAAUCAAGAAUGUAUCAUUUUUUCUUCCAGAGAAAACUUUUUUAUCUCUGGCCCAUUUUGCCACUUUGAUGGCAGCAAUGAUGAGGAUUUCUGCAGAAAUGUAUGCUGACAUCUAAGUAGAUCAGCAGCCCUUCAACAUAGCACUUCCUUGGUUCAAAGAAACAGUACAUGGCAUGAAGGGAGAUUUCAGUUAUUAAAGUUGGUAAAUGAAAUGAAAAGUUUUUUAUAUUCCUAAUUCAAAAUGUAAGCUUUUUGAAACUUUUAUUAAUGUUCCUAAGGUGUCAACCAUUUGAGCUGGAAGUUGCAUUCACCAGGGGAGCAGCAGCCACUUCACUGAGGCAAAUUUAAGACCAGUUUUAUCCCUGCCAAAAUAGUAUUGCUACUGAAGUGAAAACAAAUGUGACUUUUGGGAGUUGUUCUUUUAAAUCUUCAGACUUAACCUCCUAAAUCUAAUAUAAGUGUCUAAGUACAUUCACAUUUCUAAGUUCUCUGGGGCCAUUUUCCUUUCUGUCCUCUCUUCUCUCUCCAGUUUUCUUCCUCCUUCAUUUUCCAUCUGCAUUUGCACUUUUCUCUUUUUCUUUCCUCUAAUCAUAAAGAAGGGUUGGCCACUAGAAAUUCGUUUUCAGCUCUGCUUUGACUAGCUUGCUUCUGAAAUUUUGCUUUCCUAACACAGAAAUCUCAAUGAUAUUGCUGAAGCAAGUUCUAUAUCCUAUACCCUGGCAAGGUUCCUAGAACUGGUCCCAGUGGGAUUUCUCUUUUAGAAGCUGCCUUAAGAUCAUUGUAGCAUCAUUUAGUUUUCUUUCCUAAAAGAAUUCUGAGUGCAUCUCCUUAAAAUGUUUUACCAAACUACUUGACCACCCCAUCAAUGUUAAGAUGGUGUAUUUAACAACACAAACAUAUGUGUCUGUAUAUAUAUAUGCACAAAUAUACGUAUGUACACACACACACACACAUACACACACACCUCUAAACCACUAAUUAAACCUCUGAAAGCACCUUCCUCUUCUACCCCAAUAGCAUUUCUUUCCUUCUACUCAUAGAUGCUUUGGCUGUACUGACUGUAUGAGACUCCUGGGAUUCUAUCUCAUUCCAUCUCAUGCUAAACUAAUCACAGCAUACUGUGGCUUAGUAAUGAUGGCAUAACAAUUAGGUGGUUCUACAUGUGCUUCUAAAUACAGCCUGGGCCCUUGGUGAACCAGUUGGCUAAGUGGGUGAGUGAAUGAGCAGUGGAAUAGCUAUUGAACAGAGGUAUUGAUAGGAUGUGUGGUGGGUUGAUUUUGAGCAUUAGUAACACAAAAUUGCCAUUUAUUAUUUGAUUUACUACCAUAUUUAGCAAUGACUCUUCCAGUAGGGAGAAAAUAUAUCAGAUGGGCUAAUGGACAGUUACUGGUUUUGUAAAAUUAUUAUAAUUUGGUAAGUGUCACUUAUUUUAAAAUUAAAACUGCCACUAAUACCAUAUAGUGCCAUUACACCAGAAAUGAUGUAAUCAUUUUUUAAUUAGGUCUGUAACCAAUAUUUAGUGAGCCUGUACUUAUAUGUAGAACAUUCUACUGUGCCAGUGACAUUGAUGAGACAUUUUCUUGAUUUGGGUAUUAUUUAGGUCUUUGAAAUCAAUUUAUUAAUUUAUCAUUCAAAAAACUCAGUGAGUACACAUACCACUCCUCUAUGAGCCAACAAAUAUUCUGUAUUGUGAAGAUGAACACAAAUCAAGAAGACACUCAUUCCUACCCUUGAGUCUUGCAAGGAAGACAGACAUGGGAACAAAUAAUGAUAGGACAUCCCAGUGCCAUGGGAAUCUUAAUGUCAUUGUUACUUAGCAUGCCUUUUAUAACAGACUCUUCUGGAAAACUCAGGGGGGUAUAGGGGAAGAAAACUAAUUUAGUUAGCUAGACCCAUUUCAUUGCAUUAGGGGGCCUUCUAUUUAGGGGAAAACAAAUUUUAGUCUUAGGCUUAUUUUUAAAAAUAUUAUUGCAAAUAUGUAUUUAGAAAUGUUGUUCUAGUAUUCCUUAAAUAGUGUUAAUUGUGUUUUGUCAUUUGUCUUUGGAAUAAUGUUUUCUAUUGGAAAAAAGUAUUUUAUAGCCCAUAUUUAUAAAGAUACUGGGGAGCAAUGAAUUAGAAUCAAGCAAAGGCAGGGAUAUUCUGACAAAUGAUGAUUUAUUUUCUCUGCAGAUGAUUGUAAAUUCAGAUAUUAGUGUUUACAGUUGGGUUGUGUCUAUCCUUGCUGGUCUUCAUGAUUUUUCAUGCUAUCACUAAUGUGGUAUUUUCAUGAGCUGACAAUUCUGCAUAGUGGGUUUUGGUUGUUUUCCAGCAUCUACUGCUUGCACAGAAUAGCCUUGCAGAAAGUUAGUAAUUGAUCAUUUUAACAACAAUGGAAUUCCACUUACGGCAUUUUGCUCUUCUAGGUAAUUGAAUUGAGCGAGAAAGCUCAUUGCUGUGUUCUCUCUCUCUCUCAAAAUGAUAAUAUAAUGGACCCCAGUUAAACAAUAAUACAAUUUUUCUCACAGGAAUCCCCAAGUAAGCAGAUAUAUUAGUUAUUUAUGUCUACAUUUCUGCUUUUGGCUUAUGAGGGAUGGCUUUCAUACAGUGCUUUUGUGUUUGAGUCUCAAAUGGAAGAGUAAUUAUUGGGUGCAUUAUAGACUAAUGUUUGACUGGUCUAAAGUGAGUCCAAUAAGAGAGCGGUCUCAUAUUUCAUGGUUGUAACUUGAGUAUUCUCCCUGAAGUACUUAAAAAAAAGAAAUAAACAAACUCAGUUUUUUUUUUGUUGUUUUUUUUAAGAACAUUACCUAGUCCUAACUACUCUUACCUUGCCUUCCUACUUUGUGGUUUCUACCUGCUGGUGUUGAAGGCUGCUUUUGUGGAGCAGGUGAGAAGGCAGGGAUAGACAGAGAAUCAAUGACAUCAGAGAAAGCCACAAAUAAGAUAACACAUGUUAACUGCCUACAAUGAUACCUGGCACAUAGUAAGUGCUCAGUGUUUGGUCAUGAUCAUGAUUAUUAUUCUCAUUACUCAACUUUACUUUUACAUACAUGUCUCAUGAUUAUGUCUGAUUAAAUAAUUGAAGUAUUUCUCACCAUUCCCCAUAAUCAUUAGCAACAGAAAAUUUUUAUUUUUGAAUAUAUCAAAUUGACAAAUACGAGAAUGAUAACAGAAUUUUUCCAGAUUUUUCUUUUUGUGAUUAAUGUGUAUACAAGUCAUAUUGAAACAUGUUCCAGCAUUAGUUUCCUAUUGCUGUUUUUAAAAAUUACCACAAAUUUAGUGGCUUGAAGAAACACAAUUUUAUUACCUUACAGUUCUGGAGAUCAUAAACCCUAAAAUCAAGGUGUUAGCAGGGCUACAUUCCUUCUGGAGGCUCUAGGGAAGAAUCUGUCUUUUGUGUUUUCUAACUGCUAGGGGCAGACUAUCUUCCUAGGCCUCUGGCCUUCUUCCAUCUUCAAAGCCAGCAGCCACAUCACUCCAAACUCUGCUUUCCAUCUCAUUUUCUGACUCUGACCCUCCUGUUUUAAGGACCCUUGUGAUUGCAUUAGGCCCAUCUGGAUAAUCCAGGAUAAUCCCCCCUUCUCAAGAUCCUUAACUUAAUCACAUCUGUAAAGUCCCUCUCACAGGUCUAGGAAUUAGGACAUGAACAUAUUUGAGGUACAUUAUUAUGACUGAUGCAAGAUCCAGAGAAAAUCAUGACCAUUACAUGUUGGAUGAAAUCAUGGAACUUUAGAUCUAAAAAAAUACUUUAUAUCACACCUUUUAGAGAUUAAAAAAACUAAAACAAUAAAGAAGGAUUAUAUCACCAAGGACUAAAACCCAGGUCUUUGAUCCAUAAUCCAAUGAUGUUUCUACUGUUUUUAUGCAGCAUUUCUUUAAACUAUGCCCAUGGCUAAUUAAUCAGUUUUUAUUAACAGUCUGCAUUGUAAAAUUCUGAAUAGUGUUUGAAAACUGAAUUUGAAGCCACUUUGAAAUCUGACAAUCUACCCUCUUGGACUUCAUUUUUGACACACUUAAAAGAAGAGCUUAAUACUUCAAAAUUAUUAGUUAAGUGACAUUUUAAAAAAGGAAGAAGUACCUUAGGGCUCCCCGAAGAAAUCUAUAAAAUUCAUAACUGUGGCUCCAGUUGAAUUUGUGCUGCCCAGAAUUCCUCCUCCUCAGAGGGGAAAAUAUAAUCCUUGUGAAGAAUUCUCAGUCAGACACCAAUUAAGAGACACCCAUAGUAAAAAUGGUAAACAACUGAUUGAUUUUUAUGAACAGCAAGCAUGAUUUGACUUGUGCCUUGCUUAUUUUGAUAGGCUAUUAUUUAAUGGGCUGUUGAGAAAACUUCUGGUACUAUUUUAUUUCCUAUGUUUCAUCUGUGUAGUAUACCAGGAUGUUAUAGUCAAAUAGAACAGCAUGUUCUUAUGUACAAAUAUAUGUAGUUUUUAUGGAGCUCACCCAAGGAUAAGUUAGAAACUGGCUCACUGCCUCUAUUUCCUUUUUCUUUUUUAAUCUUUUGGCAGUUUGAAUUUUUACAGUCUAUAGAGGAUAUAUUUGGUCACUUUGAUGCUGUUUUAUUUUCUGGAGUGCCUUUCAGGUGAACUGAAACAUAGACAGCUGAUCUUGUCAUUUGUAUUCACAAAACAUUUGUGAAUUACCUAAUCCAAUAAGCAAAUUUUUAUUGAGCACAUUCUGUGUUCAAAGAAUCAUGCUGGGGAUACCGAAAUGAACAAGACACAACAUUUUGUAAUAGGAAAGCUAUCAACUUCAUAUUCAACUUUAAUUCUUAUCUCCUUUUUAGCCCUUAGUGGUAGUGAGACUGCAGCAAAUACUUAACUCCUUUGACUUUGUUUGCUUACCAUCAGAAGUGGAAAAGUGAGACACACCUCACAGGGGUGUUACAAGGAUUACAUUGAGUUAUUAUCUGUGCAAAUAUGAAAUACAAUGUGUGCACAGAGCAGGUGCUUCCUAAUUGUUAGUUUUCUGGUUCAGAGAUCUCACCGUUUAGUAGGAAAGAUGAGAUGUCUAUAAAUAACUGUAGUACAGGGCGAAGGUGAUGAAUGAAACAAGAGCCAUCCAAAUACGGAGCUGUUCAGAGAUGAACUAUGUUAUAGGGAUCAGAGAAAGCUCCUUAGAGUAUCUUCAUGGCAUUUUCGCUAGUCGUUAAAACAGGAAAAGGAUUUCGACUUUCAGAGAUAUAGGCCCUGUGAUUUAUGCUCCUGUUUCCUGGUUGAUCUCCCCACUUGAUUACCUUCUAUGCCAUAUCUUGUACAUUGCCCAGUUCUUGGAUUUUCUGGUUUUGUCUCUUUCAAUCUAACUUCUGCCUAUGCCUUUGUGUCAUCAAAGAUUAAUUGCCUUUCCUGCAAGGGCACUCUGGGUUAUUGCUUUUUUACACUUCUCAAAGGUGUAUGUAAUGCAAAUAAAAUAAUUUUAUUUAUAUUUUAAGAGGCAAGGAAUUUUUCCCCAAAAUAACUUCUGGUAGUGAGAUGGAUCCAAUUAAUCUCAUGUGGGUGGUUUGCAGAGAUUUAGGACUAGUUUUGGGGUAUGCUCUUCAUGGCCUAUAGAAUCAAGAUUUUAUUUCUUAGGAAAAAAGCUAUUUUUUUUUUCUUUUAGAUUGUGUGGUGCUGGAAAUCCUACCUCUGACAGUUGCUCACACAGCUGGCUCCACCUGUGUGACUCGGCAUCACAGCCCAUGUUAAUCACAGUAUGACCUCCAUUGGCCUCCGCAGACCUAAUUUAGAAAAUUGACUCAUUUUGCACAGACUACCGAGCAGCUAUUUGGAGCUGCUGUCUUCUAGUGACUUACAGCUUGAACUAGGUUGAGAGUCUCAAAUUGACAUUUCCCCCUAUGUACUUUAAAAAACAUACCACCUUUACCAAACUCUAUGUAUUUCUCAUACUCCCACUAUGCUCAUGUUAGAGUGACCAAGUGUUCUGAAUCAAAGCUUGGAAAAUAUAGUAUGAUGUAGGAUAUAAUUUUGAGGCCUAAUAUAUUUAAUGUGUAUGUGUAUGUGUGUAUGCAUACAUAUAUAUGUAUAUAUAUGUGUGUGUGUAUGAAUAUAGCUUAAACCUACUUAAUUGUAGCUCUAUUACUAAUAAGUAGAUCAUUUUCUCCUCUUUGGGUCUUAAAUUUUAAAAAAUGAGUAUCCUUUAAAUUUUAGCACUGACUAAUACCAAGAUGGGCAAAUCUGAUUAGAGCACAACAUAUUAAAGGUUCUUAAUAGUUAUUAAUAGCUCUUAAUUAAUAGUUAUUUAUAGCUCUUAAUGAUGUAAGAGGAUGUGUUUUUAUUUGGGGGAAACUUCAGCAAUGUGGUUGUACUUUUGUUCCUUCCUCACUCAUAAUAAAACAUUCCCAGGGCCUCUAUUUUUGGUUUGGGAUCAAGUAAUUGUAUGCUGACAUGGCUUUGUCCUCCAUUCUUGGCUGGGAAUUCUCAUUAAAGAAAUCCUGUACCAUUAAAUCACUGUCUGGAAGAUAUUGGUGAUGAAGAUUCAGAGAGGCAACAGCUGCCUCCCCAGAAAGGAA